AUGACUAAUGUACAUGAUAUUCCUAGUCGUCAUGAACAACAAAGGUUGGACCUUUCCAUUGUACCAGGUAAAAGCCUUGGUUGGUUUCGUUUAGGAGCCUCAAUUUGGGAUGUUAUUAAUUUUCUAAGGGAACAAUCUCGAGUAAUUCCCUCAGUCGACUUAAAAUACGCAGAAGAAUCACCUAUCAUUACAGAUUUAUUUCUAUCCUUACCGGCUAAUGGUAUAAAUAUGCGAUUUGACGGUUUAAUACAACGAUUAAAGGUAAUCGAAGUAUAUGACUUUUCAAAAUUAAGGUUAACCUAUCAAGAUAGUGAAGUUAGUUCAAGUAAAGUCGCCCCAACAUUUCUUUCUAUAUACAAAAUUUUCGGUCCAACAUAUCCUGGAGAACUGGAUAAAACAAGAAAAGAAUAUACAUUGAAUUAUCCGGGUGUUUCAUUUGUAUUCCCAAUUCCUGAGGAACACAUUUCGUUAUAUAUAUCUUCAACAGAUCUUCCUCUGGAGCUCCCGGAUGGUACAUCCCCUUUACUUUCGCGUUUAUACGCCUUCCAUGGAAGCAGUUUCCGUACCGCUAAUGUACCUUCCUUGGCGAGGAGCGCAAGCUCGGAAAACAGAGUUGGAAACGAUAUUGGAGAGAUCGAAAGUGUUGUUGCCGAGUUGAAACGUGGAAUCACCAUCAAUUUUUUAGAUAGAAAUCAUCCAAGUCCCAUUUCUAAGGAGAUACUUUUAAAUGUUACGACACCACAGGAUCUUUUGGUAGAUAUAGGAUCUGCCUUACGGGUAUUUUUUAAAGAGGAAGACAAAAUGCGUAUACAUUCUGAAAAUAUAGAUGAUAUGGACAAUGUGGAUAGUAACGCACAAGAAAAUAGAAACGUACUAUCAAAUGGAACGGAUGCUCGCAAUCGCGAGGAGGAUGGGCAUCCAAUUGAUUAUUUUUACAAUUAUUUUCAGCAUGGAUUUGAUGUACUCUUUGACGGGAUAACUCAUCGUUGUAAGAAAAUUAUAUUGCAUGGUAACGUUCCGGGUCAUUACGAUUUUCAAAGGUAUAAACGAUGUCCAUACAAAAUAUUAUUACAUUCCAAGGUGGAUUCCAGUCCUGAUAUAAAUGAGGUCGCGAAACUUGAAGUUUUCAAUGAUGACGAUAAUCAAUUAACAUCUUCACAUGCUGGAGUUACUUUUAUUACCGCAGAAAUGAAAAUUGACAAGAUCAGGGAGCUUUUUGGUCCACUCAAUGGGCGACCACUUAUUUUUAAUCGUGGUGCUGGUGGACAGAAUCCAUUUGGACCCACUGAGUUAAGUGGACAUGAUGGUGCAGUGUUCGAGGUAAUGAAGAAUGGAUACGUUGCAACAAUCACAUUGUUCUAG